CCUAAUUGGCUGACACCACAACUCGGUCUUUCCGGGUCGUUCCACGCCUCACGCGUACUUCUGCAGAGCUGGGCCCGAGAAGGAGUCUGGAAGGACGCAACGUCUGAGUGAGAUCAAACUCAUACUUCCAAAGCAGGCGCUUAUGCUGCUGAGCUAAAUCCCCGGCUGAACAGAAAUGAAUAAAAGCAGCAGGCAGAGUAGGAAAAGAUAUGGGAGAAGAAGCCACCCACAGAACUCUUGGUUCAGACAGCACAGUUCCAGUGAGAGGUGUACAACAGGGGCACAGCAGAGAGCUCAGGAUUCUGACCACAGUGAUGAGGAGUGCCCCUCGGCCUCAUCCAACACUACUGGGGAUACUUCUGCACCAGAUCUACCAGGGUAUUAUUUUGAUCCUGAAAAGAACCGCUACUUCCGCUUGCUCCCGGGACAUAACAACUGCAACCCCCUCACAAAAGAGAGCAUCCGGCAAAAGGAAAUGGAGAGCAAAAGGCUGCAACUGCUAGAAGAAGAGGAAAAGAAGAAAAAGAAAGCGGCCAGAAUGGGAUUUAAUACAUCCUCCUUCCUACGGAAAAGCCAGCUGGGUUUUCUCAACUUCACUGGUUACUGCCGCUUAGCCCAUGAGCUGCGAGUGAGCUGCAUGGAGAAGAAAAAGGUUCACAUUCAGAGCGCAGAGUCCUCCACUGUGAUAAGCGACCCAUUCAGCCUCAUCUUGGCGGAUACCAACAGUGACCGACUCUUCACAGUGAACGAUGUUGAUGUUGGAGGCUCAAAGUAUGGUGUCAUCAACUUGAGUGGUCUAAAGACUCCUGCACUUGAGGUGCACAUGCAUAAAAACUUCUACUUCACCAACCGCAAGGUGAAUUCUGUAUGCUGGGCUUCACUGAACCACUUGGAUUCCCACGUUCUGCUAUGCCUCUUGGGAUUUGCAGAGACUCCGGGCUGUGCCACUCUGAUCCCAGCAUCACUGUUCACCAGUAGUCACCCAGGUGUGGACCGCCGUGGCAUGCUUUGCAGUUUCCGGAUCCCUGGUGCCUGGUCCUGUGCAUGGUGCCUGAACGUCCAGGCAAACACUUGCUUCAGUACUGGCUUGUCUCGGCGGAUCCUGUUGACCGAUGUAGUGACAGGACACCGACAGUCAUACAAGACCAACAGUGAUGUCUUGGCCCAGCAGUUUGCUAUCUUGACUCCUUUGUUGUUUAAUGGCUGCCGCUCUGGGGAGAUCUUUGCCAUUGAUCUGCGUUCUCGAAGUCAGGGCAAGAGCUGGAAGACCACCUGCCUAUUCCAUGACUCAGCAGUGACUUCUUUGCGGAUCCUUCAGGAAGAACAAUCUAUAUUGGCAUCAGACAUGGCUGGAAAGAUCAAGCUGUGGGACCUGAGGAACAAGAAGUGUAUAAGGCAGUACGAAGGUCACGUGAAUGAGUAUGCCUGCCUGCCCUUGCAUGUGCAUGAGGAAGAAGGGAUCCUGGUGGCAGUGGGCCAAGAUUGCUACACAAGAAUCUGGAGCCUCCAUGAUGCCCACCUGCUCAGAACCAUACCCUCCCCGUACCCCACCUCCAAGGCUGACAUUCCCAGUGUGGCCUUCUCGUCUCAGUUUGGAGGAGUCCAAGGAUCCCCAGGGUUGCUCAUGGCGGUCAGGCAGGACCUUUACUAUUUCUCCUACAGCUAAUUCUGCAGGGAGGCAGGUUGGAGGAGUGUGGGUUCACCUGAGAAGUAGAGUGGCUUAUUUCAUUUGUGACGAGGGGAUUUUAAGUAAUGCCCAGUGCACACAGCUCUUAUCCCUCUGGCUGCUAGGAGCAAGGUGCUAAGGAUUUGAUAGACAUGGAGACACUUCAGUAAAGUUGUUACAGUUAAAUUGUGGGCUCAGAGAGCUUGAAAGUCCUUUUCAUAAAAGGUACUUACUUCUUUCUCUUGUUAAAUCCUGCAGAAUAGUUUCCUCCUCUCUCGCUCCCCCACCUUUUUUUUUUUAAACAAAGACUUCUCACUAAGGACUAAAUAAAAAUGGGCAAAAACUAAAAGCUGCUGCUUUUACUAGAAGCCCUGUGGAGAAACCAGUGAGACUGUUGAAGUAGUCAGUGCCUGGAUUCCAGGAAGAGUUAACUUGCCCUUGACAAAGCCAGCUGGGGUGGCGAGGAAGAACAAGAUAUGUCUGAGUAAAGAUUUUAGGCUGGAGUUUGGAAUCAUUAAUGCAGCCAUCUCAAACUCAGCAUCAGCAUCUCAAAUCCAGAGGAUUGUUACUUCUCAUAGGCACUGAAAGGAAAGGUGGGAUUUUUUUUUUUUAAGCUAGAAGUUUUAAACAGUCUUUAACAUGCCUUUGUUAAGGCAGCUUCCAGAAUGUAAAGGAUAGCAGCUCUUGUUCCUGUUACAGUAUUUGAAUGUCAAAUUCAAGGGUUCAGAAUCAAAGAAAAUCUACUGGCUUUUUGUAAUCUGCAAUUUGUAAAAUGUUUUUACCAAGUGUUUUUAAAAGCCUGUCUUUCUAACAAUGUAGUAGAGAAAUAUGUCAUAGCAUGUUGAUUCUUCUAAGAUCCUGACGCUUGUAGCACCAAACCAACUGCAGUAGCCUAUACUUAGAUCUCAGAUGAAGCCAAAAUGUCUGAGACCAGCUUUAAGUGGCUGUGCAGGAGACCUUCUUAUCCUAUCCCUCCAGACCAACCGACUCUGCCUUUUCUUUCUGUGACCUGCAUGUGCCCCAGGAGACUGGCCCAGAUGGCUGCAAGGUCCCUGAGCUCCAGGCGGAAGCAGCCAGUGGGAAGUAGUAGCAGGAAAGCAGAGGGCCAGGACCACGAAGUAGGAUUGUUCGUUCCCUUGCUCCCUUUCUGUUGACCUGUGGCAGAUGCAACCAGAAGUCACAGCUUUUAUUGAAACACAACUCUCUCUGGGUUCCAAUUAACUGUUCUUUGUCCCUAACUCCUUACUUUCCUAAUCCCAGCAUUAUUUCACCAAUUAAACUCUUUAAUUACCCUCAUGCAUGUUCUAUUUCCUGCCAGACCCUAAUACAAUUUUCAGAGAACCAAAUCUUAAAACUCUGUGAGAAUUUUGGUUACUUAACAGUUGACCUAUAGCUACAGCUACUUUUUGGUGUUUUACCCUUUUUGAUCCUUGCCACCCAUAAAGGAAGCAGGAAAGUUGUGCUCCUUCAGAAUUAUUAGCUGGUUGCAGUGGCACCCACCUGUUGUCCCAGGUACUGCAGAGGCUGAGGCAAGAAAAUCAUUUGAGUCCAGACAUUACAGACCAGUCUAUGCAACAUGAUGAAAUUCAGUCUUAACAUAAAUAAAAGAUGUUACAGAGCUGGGCAUAGUGGCACAUAUCUGUAAUCCCAGCAUUUGGAAGGCUGAGGCAGGAGGAGCAUAGUGAGUUUGAAGAGAGUCUGGACUACAUAGUGAGAAGCCUGUCUCAAAAAAAGACCAAAAAAAACUUUUUUUUUUUAAUUAAAAAAAGUACUUACAGUAUGAAAAAUGUGUUCUCUGCCGCCACCAUAAUCUGAGUAAGUACACACAAACAGAGGCAAUACUUAUCCCCAGUAGCCAGAACUGAGGUGACCUGUUGAGUCCACUCAAGCUCCUUUAGUUGAAAUAUCUGGAGGACCUGAAGGAUACUCAGGAUGGAACCAGAGCCUCAGAGAAAUCCAUGUUAGAGCUCAGAUUAUGCACAAUAACUAAAGCUAAGGCCUUUUUUUUUUUUUAAAACAGACAGGGUUUCACUAUAAAUCAGGCUGGCCUCAAACUUCCAGCAAUCCUGCCUAAGCCUCCUGAGCGCUGGCCACCACACCCAGUCCCAAUUCCAUUAAACGCCAGAAGAGUUAGGCUGUAACUGGAUUCAGUUUUCUCUUCCUAUUUAAUGAUAGUUCUGAAACUGAAAAUGCAAAUAUGGUUGCAAAAUUAUAUCAGAAUUUUAACAGUUGGAGGUUUGGUUCUUGUUUUGUAAGCCAGAAGGCAGUUAAUGUGUAUUGUGUUUAUUUAAAGAUAAAGGAACCUUAGCUUUGUAACUUUGCUCAUACUGACUGUAGCUAGAAAUACAAAGGAAUGUAUAAUAUGUAGCAGAUUUUCUAGGAGACCUUGCUGGAGGAGGCUGCAUACCUGCCAAGCCCCAGAUGGGAGCUGUGCAUCUCACUGCCAUAGGGCACUGAGCUUCUGAACCUCUCAACCAGUGUCUGACUCUAAAACCUGGCCACCACUGGCUAUCUUCCAACCAUCAACCAUAUAAAGCUAGCACAGCAUCUGCCAAUGGUUAACUAAAUACCGAUCCUUCACAUUUCCAGUUCCCAAAUAAGUCAGUUCACUGAAUUAAACCCAAGGGAUCUUGAAUGAUCCCACUGGGACCUAUUGGUUAAAAGACCAUAAUCACAGGUCAUUCUGUUCAGUGGUUAUCUUCACCUGUAAGCAAGUCAUUUACCAGAGAUAUUUAAAGCCUUACAUGAAGCCCCUGCCCCAAGGAAUAGGGGAACUGAUUGGUGCUAUAGAUGUUAUAGUGGUUACUGGAGAAGAAGGGGUAUAACCAUAUUCUUAAAGGGUGCCAGCUGUUUUUACGGUGUUCAGCAAAACAUCUCAGCUUAUACGAGGUCUUUACCUCAUACUUAGUUGAGGCUGGGCUUGGAUCCUGUAAGACAAAGAAAAGAACCUGACAUAGGUACCUUCCUUUCCUCCACUGAUUUGACCAAUGUAGAAAAAAAGAGUUCAGAAGAUUGUUUUCUGUGAGGUGUGGUGGCACAUGCCUGCAAUCCCAGCACUCAGGAGGUUGUAGCCAUAUGAUCACAGGAAUUUGAGGCAGCCUGGCUACAAACUGUCUCAAAAACCCAAAAAGAAAAAAUUAUUUUCUCUUUGAGUUCUACAAAAAAAUCUUACUUAGGCCAGUGGUGGAAUAGAAAUGUCCCUACCACAUAUCUAAACAGACGGUGGGUGCUGGGACAUGACACAGAACAACCAGCCAAGUCUAACAUAGCCACCACUAUUUAGACAUAGAUCUAAAAUCCCCAAAAAUCCUGUAUUCAGAAGUGAGGCCUGGUCAGAAGAGAAAGGUCACUAGGGCUGUGACCAGAAGGGCAUAUUCUUAUUCCUAGUUUCUUAACUGCCAUAGGGUGAGCAGUACUCCAUCGCCAUGGGCUUCUACUAUGCCAUUUCUACUUUGGAACAAACUUACCAUGGACUGAGUCUUCUGAAAACCAUGAGCCAAGAUAAACCUUUCCUCCUUUAAAUUAUGGAUGUUGGGUAUUUUGUCCCAGGGAUAGGAAAGUGACUAAUACAGAAAAUUGUUAUUAGAGAAGUAGGGUUAUUACUGUGACUACCUAAGCAUGUGGUGUAGAAGGCUUUGGAACUGGUUAAUGGGAGUUUGGAAAAAUAUAGAGACUAGUAAAGUCCCAUAAUGCUGUAAGCAGAACUUAAUGGGUGAUUCUAGUUGAAACUCAGACCAGAAUGUUAGUAACAAUUUGCAGGCUCAGGAGGUUUCAGUUGGGAACAACGAUCUACUGAAAACUGAAAUAGAGACUGCGUGAGCUACAUUCUGCUGAGGAACCUGUCUGCAUUUUGCUCAGGUACUGAGACUUUACAGGAAACAAAGAUUAAAGAUAGUGAACUAAAUUAACCUGUAAAAGUCAUUUUCAAGACAGCAUAAAUUCAGGCUGUGGCAUGGGUAGUUGGUGCUUUUUGCCAGACUUAGGCAAAAGGCAGAGCAGAGAAAUUUGAAAUUUUGGCCUGUUAAGUUCUAGCACUUGGGAGGCUGAGGCAGGAGGAGCACUAGAAAUUUGAGGUCAACCUGGACUAUAUAGCCAAGACCCUUUCAGGAAAGAAAAAAAAACAGCCUUAAAAUUUGGUCCAAAAGUUGGCGUGCUUUCUGAAGAAAUUAUUACCUUCAAAAAACAGCAGAAGAUUCCUUGGGGAAGUCUCCGGAAAUGGCCAAACUCCUUUGAAAGGAUGUGUUUAGAGCCCCAUGGCACUAACCUCAUUCAGGGGCCCCUAGACAACCGUCUAAGAGCUAAGGCCUCUGCAGCUAUAAUCCAAGCUGCUGAGGUUGACAGCAGACCAGCACAUCAUCCACAUGGUGCUGGUUUUUCAGGCACAUAAAAGUGCACAAGUUGUGUGCUCCUGAAGUUUCCACCCAGAUUUGAACAAGCAGUAUACCCUGGAGAAGAAUAUACAAAGCUGAGUGAAGCCUAAGGUACAGAGGCUUCAGCCUCUAGAACUGAAGACACUACAAUGUCAAAUGUCUGCUAAAGAAAAUCCUAAGGCAGUGAGCACAGCCACCCUGGUGGAGAGGCCAUGUGGGCAGGGCUGGGUGGGCCCCAAGGAACACAGCUCCGUCUACCUGCCCUGGCUGCGGGACAUGGAGCUACAGGACUACAUGUUUGUCCUGCUCAGUUCCAGUAUUGCUUUGGCCCAGUUUUUUUCUGUCUCCCUAUUCCUGUUUGCUCACCCUGUGCAUGGCGGGGGGGGGGGGGGGGGGGGAAUUGAGACAGGGUUUCAUUGUACUGUUCAGGCUGGCCUCAAACUUGCAGUGAUCCUCUCAGCCUCCAAAUGCUGGGAUUACAUGCGUGUACCACCACCCUACAUCAUUUUAUGUGAAGUAUUUUCAAAAGGAUUCAAUUUGCCUUAAGUCUCAGAAGAGACUAAACUUAACAGCAGUGCUGCAACUGUGAACUCUGGCACUUAAUGGACUCAGUGUGUCUUGCCUAAUGAAAUGGGAACAAGCCUUGAGAGUUAGAGGUAAAAGAGAAUGACUCAGAUUUAAAAAAAAAAAAAAACUUGGCAAAAAUGUGUUUUGGAGGUGGAGCCUGGUCACUGGGGCAUGACAAGGGUAUGUUUUAUUCCUGGCUACCAUGGGGUGAACACAUUCUUCCAGCAUGGCAUUCUACUGUGUCAUGUCUGCCUUGGAGCCAACCUGAACCAAAAUAAACCUUUUCCCCACUUAGUUGUGUCAGGUAUCUUCCAGCCACCUUUCACUUUUUAUGCCCAAACUGUUCCUGCCCUCCCCUACUCAUCCAGAAAAUGAGAGAGAAGGUUGGAAAGGACUGGGAAAGCGGAAGAUAAGGGAGAAGGAAAUGAGGCAAGGAAGCAGGAAAGGACACAGCCCGGUGUCAGGGGCCAGAGAAUGAGGAGAUGGUGCGUGACAAGUCAGGCAAGGUGAAGGAGACAAGAGGAAGUCCUGUGUUAGAAGCAGAAAGUACCUCGCAGUGCCCCCACAGGCAGUGUAGCCAUCGGGUGGCUUCUCUUAUAACACAAUUGAGUGGACAGCGGUUUGGUUUUGGGUGUAUUUUUGGUUCUGGUUUUUUGAGACAGGGUCUCACUUAUGUAGCCCAGUAAGGCCUCAAAUUCACAGCCUACCCUCAUGCCUAAGCCUCCUGCAUGCUGGGACGAUGCCCAGGCACCACCACACCCAGUUUCAGCACUAAUUUUAUGUUCUCUCAUACGUUAUGGUAUUGCAUGUAAGAGUUACACAAGUUAAAGCAAAAUCAUCAUGUUAAGAGUUUCCUUUGACAAUCUGUUUAGUGACCAUUUCCAUUAAAGACAGGGUCACAAGACAAACUUGGGUGGGUAAAUGAGUAAUAGCCCAUCUCAUCCUAUUAGAGGGGCUCCCCUGUGUGUCCCAGCAUCACACCUACCAAAAGAAAGCAGAGAGCCGCCAAGCAGCUCAACAGCUAACACACUGGCCCCCUUGAAGCCCCUGCAGCCUCCCCAGACCCUCCUGCCGCGCUCUGUAGUCUUCACUUAACCCCUCACCUGCUGCGACAAGGCUGGAGGGAAGCUAUAGGCACAGGAUGACAUAUGGGAACUUGUGGGUCUCCAGUCACUGCAAAGAAUUCUGUGACCAUAAGUUAAUGCCUGUAAAUAAAAGAAUACUCCUGACAACCACGAAGUCCCAGUCCCAAUUGAAAAACUGGUGUGGGGUGUAUGUGCUACCUAACAGCUGGGGAAAGUCUGUUACAAGAUUAAAACUGAAUUCCAGGUGAUAAUAACCAUGAUAUUUGCUUAUACUUUUUUCUAGAAAACUUAUUUGUCAGCAUAAUAAACUUAAGUGUAUACUGGGAAAA